UCCGGAUCCGUUACGACCCACUUUCGUCACUGCGAGAAGAUGCGCUUGUUCCUCACUCUUAUGCUACUGUCUUUGGCGCUGUUGGCUGCAACAGAUGCCUACACCAGUCCGAGGUUCAUCCUAAAACAUAGGUCUAGUGGGCGGUGCUAUGACUACGUAAAUUGGUGGAGACUUGGUCAUCACUAUGAGAAAUUCCGAGCAGACAAGUGCGACAAAGCAGAUGAACUGGUAUGGGAGCAAGUGGAAGGGCACUAUGGCUAUCUAAAAGUGGUUGGUACGAAAGGCCAUUGUCUGGGUCCUUGGGGUAGUUGGGCCAAGCCUGGCGAUAACACUGCCAUUUUCCCGCAUAAAAACUGCUAUUCCUCUGCGAUGUUCACAAUCGACGAGGAGAACGGCUACAUCAGACAUGCUGGGGGAAGUUAUGUCCAUCCGUAUCCCUUCAACAGCGAAAAACCGAACUGGCAGUCGGACCUGAUCAUACACAAAGGUACAAAUUACAACAAUAAGUUUGAUUUUGUGCAGAAAAAUAACCAUAACGCCAAGGUCACGGUCAUCCCAAAGCCCAAUGUGUCCGGAUCCUGGAAAAAGGUCACCUGCUGGGCGGACGUACACAAAGGUGAGCUCAAGUAUUCGGUGAAAGUCGGCACCAGCAAAUCCUCUUCCUCGACCACGACACACGCUUGGGAAGUCUCAUUCUCAGUUGCCUUCCUAAUCAUUCAAUCCAGCACCAAGUACAGCGGUUCGUUCUCGUCCACAUACCAGGAACAAUGGCACACAGAAUCUACCAUAGAGAGAACAAUCAAAAUUGACCAAGAUGGCGGCACCGUGUGUAUCUGGCAAUGGAUCUACACAUUUGACCAAUUUCAGGAUACCUUCACAUUCAGAUCUUUCACUCUACGCGAGACCCGCAGCGAAACGGCUCCUACGCAAGUCCCCAUGGGUAAAAAGUAGAAAAUCCCUUUUCAACUUGUUAUUGCUUGUAGGAAGUUGAAUUCUCAGAAUUUAUAUUCUGUACGGAUUUUCAGCUUUCCUUCAUUUUUGUUAAUAUCCAGUUAUAUUCCCAAUCAAGCUCGUUGUUAUUGGAGGACUUCCAAAGGUUUGAUAGUAAUGAAAAUAAA